AUGGGUCAAACUCAAACAAAGUACAUUAAGAAGAUAAAGAAUAAGAGAAGGGCAAAAUUCGACUGCAAGGAGGAAUAUUUUAUUAAGAAUGGAGGUAUUUUGCUAGAGAAACAAAUUGCUCUGAGCCAAGGACAGCAUAAAGGAGCAGGGCAGUUGAAAAUUUUCUCGAGCCAGGAUAUUGCAAAGGCUACGAACAACUAUGACCCUGAUCUCAUUGUUGGAACUAGUGCUUACGGUACUGUCUAUAAGACAACCAUUGAUGAUCGUAUGGUAGUCGUCAAAGCCUUGUUAGAGCGAGAGCCAAAUCCUGAACAGAUUGAUCUCUUUUUAACUGAAGCCUCAACGGUGAUGGUUAUGAAUCAUGACAAUAUGGUAAAAUUCUAUGGCUGUUGCCUUGAGACAUGUAUACCAAUACUAGUGUAUGAGUACUUAUCAAAUGCCGACCUUUUUGAGAGGUUACAUGGUGAUGUUAUAAAGUGGGCUGAUCGUUUGAGAGUUGCAACUGAUAUAGCCUAUGCGCUAUCUUAUAUGCAUAAUGCCUUAUCAAAGCCAGUGGUGCACAGGCAUGUUAACUCAAUGGGUAUAAUCCUUGAUUAUUCAUUCAAUGGAAAAUUAGCAGACUUUUUGUAUUCAGUGUCCAUAACUCCGGGGGAGACUCCUGCAACUAGAUGGCCUGUUGAAGGAACUCCAGGAUAUAUUGAUCCCGAAUACAUAGAAACACAAGAGGUGACAGAAAAGUGUGAUGUGUAUAGUUUUGGGGUUUUGAUGUUGGAACUAUUAACUAGAAAGCAGCCCCUUAUGAUGGCCAGAGGUGGGAUAGACUUGGUUGACGUGUUUGUUUCAGCCGUGCAGAAAAAUUGCAUGAUGGAGAUGGUUGACACGGUGGUCUUAGAGCAAGCCACCAUGAACGAGAUUAGACAGUUUGUACAACUUGCAUUGAUGUGUGUGGCAAAAAAAGGAACUGAGAGACCGACUAUGGUUGAUGUAGUUGGUGAGCUUUGGAAGAUACAAGGUCGAGACAAGAAGUGA